AUGGAACACAAUAACAUCGUAAACGAAGUUGUUAAGCUCAAAACGGAGCUGAAAAAUGCACUCGUGGAAAAUGGAGAACUAAAAAGGAGACACCAUGAAGACACGGAAAAAAUGAAUUUAGUUUCGCUGAAAACUUCCACUCUGUUGAGUGAGAUAGCGGACGAGAAAAAAAUGUUGCAAUUGGAGUUCAAUAACUACAAGGAGGAGUCUGUAAAGGACAUAAAGAGGCUACAGGAGGAGCUGGACAAAAACGUAAUUAUGUUAAAUUGUUUAAAGGACGAAAUCCUGUUCAAGGAAGAGGAAUUGAAAAAGGCGGAAAUAAUUGAGAAGCUGUACAAGGAGGAGAGCCAAAUGAAUCAAGAAAAGGAUAGGAAGAUUAGAGAUUUAGAAAAUAUCCUAACACGGAAGGAAGAGGAAGAGAGGGAUGCAGCUUUAAAGGAGAAGCAGAUCAAUGAUGGCUAUGCCGAAAUGGAAAAAAGGAACGAAGAAUUGAAAGUGUUAAAUAAAAAAUAUGAACAAUUAAAAAAAACAAACAAUGCCAUUGAAAAGAAAAUAUAUUUCCUAAAGGAAGAAGUAGAUUAUUACAAAAAUAAUGAAAACAGUUUUAUAAUGCAAAAUAUUUUUAAUGCGGAAAAUAAUUUAGACGAUUCAACGUGUAAAAAGUAUCUUUUAAAAAUAUCAGUGCUCUACAAUGCUUUACACAAAAUUAUUGUGUAUGAUCAGAGGAGUCUACUCGAAAAAGAUAAAUUAAUUUACUCCCUGGAGAAGGAAAAUACCCACUUUUUGAAAAAAUUCAUUUCAGAUGAGAUGUACUGUCUUUACCUCAAAGAUUGUAUAAGUAAAAUUAACUUGACGUACCAAAUAGAUCUCCAUAAACAGGAGAAAAAAUAUAUGCUUCUCAACUCGGAGUACGACGAGCUAUAUAGUAAAUUUCUUCACGAAAAGAACGAGAAUUGUUUACUCAACGAAAGGUAUGAUAAUAUUAUUUUCAAUCAGAAAAAAGAAAUUAAUAAUUUGAAAAGCCAUAUCUCGACACAGAACAAGGAUAAAGAAAUUCUCACCAAGUAUAUUGACAAUUACAUCACUUAUAUAGAACAUUCAUAUGAGAAGUAUUGUCUUCUCAAUACAGAGUAUAAAAAUUUAGAAGAGUUAGUCAAAGACUUGCAGGAAAAAAACAGAAACCUGAUGAUUCUGGUUAAUGGGAUAAAUGCAGACAUGGAAAGGGAUCAUUCCAAGGGGACCGAAUUGGAAAAUGAUAAUAGAGCAAAAGGUAGAAGGAACACUGUAACCAUGGACAUUGAUCAUAUGAAGUUAAUCAAAAAUGAUAUUAAAGAUAAGGAUAUAAAAAUUAUAGAAUUGGAGAGCAGAAAUAUGGAACUUGAAAAAACGAUUGAUAAACUUAACGACGAACUGAUGAAGAACAGAAAAACGGAAUACAAAGAAAGCGAGUCCUCCAAAAUUAAAGACCUGUGCUUUGAUUUGAAGGAUAUCUGCUCCAAACUGGAACUGGAGGUGAAGGAGAAAAAUUACAUCAUAGAAGAGCUCACCGAAAAGAUAAAUCAAGCAGAAAAAAAAAGCAAAGAUAAUCAAGUCAUCCUAGAAUUGUCCGAAUUUAGAAUUCAAAAUUUUCAUGAUAAUAUAAAAUAUUACCAACAGAAAGUAGCUGAAUUGGGUGAGAAACUGCAAAAGAAAGAAGCUGAAAUGGCUAUCUUUCACGAGUAUAAUGGACGGUUAAAGCAGGAAAAGGACAAAAUGGACUAUGAGAAUGUGAAGCUCGUGGAGCGGCUGAAUGAACUACAACACGAAAAUGAUCAUCUGAGGAACGAAGUAAUCUUCCUAAAGAAAGAAGCCUCCUUAAGUAUGAACCAUCCUGGUGGGAAGGAGAAAGCUAGCCCAAGUAAUAACCGCCUUAUCAGCGCAGCCCUAGUGGUAGAUGACAACUCGUAUGUGAAUGAAAAAUCGACGACUCAGAACGAUGAGCGAAGUGAUCAGCAUUCUGUGAACGAAGACAAGGAAGAAACAAAUGGAACAAUAUAUAAAAGCGCCUUCAAAUAUAUGCAACCUAAGAAGAACACCUAUGAGGACAGAGAACAACUAGGGUUAAGAGUAACCAAGCUGACAGACGAAAAUUUACUCCUCAUUAAGGAAAAUGAAGAGAUUUUUGAGAAACUUCAAACCGUGUCUAGCGAAAAUGUGAAACUUAAAAACGAUUGUAUGUACUUGAAAGCAGAUGCAGAAAAGUCGCUGUUUUAUCUGGAGUAUGAAAAAAAGGAAAAGCUAAAAUAUAAAUUAUUACUGAGACAAAAUAAACGAAAAGGGAAAGAGCUCAAAAGAACAUUUAACAAAAUGAUGGGCACUAUGAAAGAUUUAGUAAUAAGUGUAAAAAGAAUUGACAAGGAAAACAAAAAAAAUGAUAUUAACAACUCUUUUUUUAUAUCUUCUUCUGAAAAUAAUUCCCAUGAGGAUCUCCUCUCAGAUAACGACAACACAAACACGCAGUUGAUGGUGUCUUCUGUGGGGAAAUCCAAAAAGAGUCUCAACAACACCAGUGUCGACGGUAAGCAUAGCUUUUACAGUAGGUCGACCAAAGUUCCUAAAGUCUCAGAAAAUGAAAACGUGGUAGGAGAAAGAGAGUCCCCGGUGAGAACAACACACCGCACAGAUAGGAACGAGAGAAAGUACGCCAAGAGAUACAUGAAAAUACGAAUGCACAGAUUCUCUAUUUGUAAUAACUUUAAGAUUAAUGUGAACAAGUAUAAGAAGGCGUGUAAGGAGGCGGAAGACGGCGCCAUGUUUUUCCUGAAAGAUACAGGCAGUGCCGAUCUGCACUCCUUGGCAAUUCAGCCGAGAAACGCCAAAGGUCUAGAUACCUUUUACUCCAUCCCAAACAGCACCGACUCGAGAGUAAUAAAUGUAUCAGAGGACGAGAAGAAAAAAAAGAAGAGAAAGACGAAACAUUUUUCCUUAUUUCAAACUUCCAAAAUGAUUAACGAUCUUAACUACAUUAGAAGAAAAUACGAUUCGAAAGUGAAAGAAACAUUAAUCAUGCAAAAAAAAUUGAUUGAGAAUGAGAAGGAGCUGAAUGGCACCAAUAUAAAGUAUGAAAACCUGCUGAACGAACACGAUUCGCUCAUUACGCAGAUUAAAGAAAGGACGGAAAAGCUAGUUAAUAUAGAAAAAAAUUACAACCUCCUAUUUGAAAAAUAUAGCGAAACACAGGACGAAAUGAAGAUGCACGAAAAGAAGACACAGGAAAUUUUUAACGAAUGUAACGAGUUAGUAGAAUACAUGAAAAAGAAGGAAAGUAAAAUUAAAGAAUUUGAUGAACACUUAAAAAAAAUGGAAAUAAAAUACAAGGAGGAAAAGGAAAAAAAUGACAUCCUCACGAAGGAUAAUGUAUCCCUAGAUAAUUUAAAUGCCAAGUAUAAGGAAGACAUCGAAUUGUAUAGAAAAAAAUUGGAGAGCAUGCAGACUGAGUUAAAAUUGAGACUGUCCAAAAUUGAUGAGUUGGAGUUAAUACAGAAAAACACCGAGAAUGAAAUGUUCUACCUAAAGUCAGCUACCUACAAAUAUGAAAUAAAUUUGAAGGAAGCCCAUAAUGAGUUGAACAAAAUUAACGACGCCACUGUUAAGCUGAGGAAGGAAAUCAGCGAAAAGGAAGUUAAUCUAAACCUGUUAAAGGAACAAAUCCUAAAUAGAGAUUACUUCCUCUAUAGCAUAAACGAGUCACUAAAAAGGAAGGAAUACUUUUACAAAAAUUUGAAGCAAAGAGUUCAAGGGUUCAACAAAACCUUUAUCGAAUUAUGCGAAAGCUUCGAAAUGAGUGAAGUGAAAAAAUUCAAUGAACUAUAUGAAGGGUUCGAAUAUAAUGAUCCCAGCUAUAAAAAGCAUAUACUAAAUUUUCAGCUGCAUCAUAGGGAUAAAUUCGUAGACACCGUGGACGAUAUUGUCAAAACGGUGGAUGCAUUGAGCGAAUUUAAUCUCAAAUAUGAAGAAGAGAAAAACGACAUGGUCAACCGAAUUAAGGAUCUGGAGAACAAACUAAAAAUGAAGAUGAACGAAAAUAACGAACUGUAUGAACAGUACGAAAGCAACAUGAAGAGCAUCCUGCUGGAGAGAGAUGAGCGGGUGGAAGAUUGUCUUAUCCUGUCUGAAGACGUAAAAAAAAAGAACCAAGAAAUACACACACUUGUAAAAGAGUUGGAAGAAAAAAAUGUCGAAUAUAAUGAAGUACAUAUGAAAUGUACCUUCCUUACCAAUGAAGUAAAAAAUUUAGAAGGCGCCAAAAUUCAUCUGAAGGAAAAACUUAGGGAAAUCGAAUCAGAACAGGAAAAACAAAUUGAUUUCCUCAAAAAGGAAAAUGAUUACCUGAAAGAAGACAUAGCGAGCAUCAAUAAGGUUAUUCACAAUUUGGACGAUGAAAUUGAAAAACUAAAAGGAACAGUAGAUAGUUUGAAGCAGGAAAAGUACGCCUAUGAGAAAGAGAUAGAAAAACUGAGGGAAAUUCUUGAUGAAGAAAAACGGUUUAAUGAUAUUUUGAAAGAAAAUGAGCAAAACUUUAUUCAAGAAAUUAAGGAAGCACACAAGUACGCUAUUAGGAAAGAGGAAGAAGUUAAUAUGCUAAAAUUGGACCACGAAUUAGAGAAGAAAAAAUACGUGGAUGAAAUUGAUCACUUAAAAAUUAAAAAUAAAGAAAUACAGGAUUCUGUGAAAAAUCAACUGAAAAUGGUUUCAGACUUGGAGUUGCAAAUGCUGGAGUACAAAGUUCUUUUGGAUAAAAACACAAGUAUGAAAAUGCUAGUGCAGGAUUUGGAGAAUAAAAUUGAUGAGCUCAUCAAGGACAAUGAAAAAUUGUGUAUCGAUUUGAAGAAAGAAAAACUUAUCAAUGAAGAAAAGGAAAAGAAUAUUGUGGCACUAAGUGAGGAUGUUAAAGUGUGUGAAACAAAAAUACACGAACACGAAUCAUUGCUCCUCAAACUGAAAGACGAAAAGGAACAGCUCAAUGAAGAAAUAUUCAUCCUUAAUGACAUUAAAAAGAGCAAAGAUUCUAUUAUAGAAGAAUUGGAGAACAAUUUGAGGAAAGCUGUUUUUGGUGAUGUCAAACUGAAUGAAAUGGAAAGGUCGGAAUUGCAGCAUAAGAUAUUCACUGAGGAGGACCUCGGCAUUGCCAAAGAGAAGGAGCAGGAAGAGCUAGAUUUUAAUGACCUUGUCAAUUCCACCAUGUGCAUUUUUAACAAUAACGGAAAUAUGGGGCCAACCCUAGCCAAUAGUCAAAGAAAUAAUAUGAACAAAAUGAUCGAACUUAAAAAAUAUAGCCUCUUUUUGAAGGAAGAAAAUGACGCCAUGAAACAGGAGUUGAGAAAAUUGAAAGACAGGUCCUCCAUCGAUGAAAGGAAAAACGUGGAGAUGCAAAGAAUAAUCGAAAGGAGAGAUGAUAUUAUUAGAAAAAUGAACAAUGAAAUAGUUACCUAUAAUGACAAAAUAAAAAAUUUUGAGAAAGACACCAACCAACUGAACUCGGAACUAUGCGCAGCCAACGAACUCCUCGCCCUUCGAAGUGAUGAGUGCAAAGAGCUAUCGAUGGAGCUCUACGAGCUGACGGAUGUCAAGAAUAAGUUAAUGGUUCGAAACGAAGUUCUGCAGAAACAGGUCGAUUUUUUCAAACAGGAGGUGGAGGAGAAGGCGGAACUUCUAAACGAUUUGGAUAUGAAGAAGGCAGAGAACGACAACAAGGAGUCUGAGAAAAAUGCCAUAAUUAGCGAAUACAAUCGGACAUUAGGCGUGUACUACAAAAUGUGCUCGCGCAUUAUUUAUUACAAGAAGUACAUCGAGAAGGAGUUGAGCGGGGGCGGAGCAGGUGAGGGCGAUUACCUGGGUAUCACCCCUAGUGAGGACGUACUUCAUAGCGUACAACAUAGCGCCCACGUGGAGGACUCCCCCUUGAUUCAUUCACUCCAGAGCGAACUUGCCAACCUUAACCCUUCCGACACGAACGAAAUAUCCAGUUACAUGAGCGAAUUUCUCAAAUGCGUGCGUCUUCUGAUUUUUAAGAAAAGGGUCUUCGAGUCCAAGCUGGAAAACGCAGAGAGGAAAUACAACAACUUUAAAGAAAAACUCAAGGAAGAUAGAGAUCUCAUAAGUGAUUUAAAAAAAAGGCUAAGACAAAAUGAAGAAGACCACUUAAACAUGAACAGGCAAAGGAACCACGACAGCCGAAUGUAUAGCCCCUUCAGCGAAGAAGCAGACUCACUCUCGGUCAAUUACAAAAAGCUCAGCGCAGACAUAAGAAAAAGUCAAGGGAAAAAUGACCAUAUGAAAAAAAAAAAUAUGCUACUCCUAAAAUGCGAAAAUGAAAAGCUGAAAGAAGAAAAUAAAUAUCUAAAUCAACACAUAAACAGUUUGAUGAACCUGCAAAAUAGCAUAAACGAAAUGAAGAAAAAAAGUGAGUAUGGAGGAGAAAAGGAUGGAGCGCAAAAUGAUUACAUGUUUGUGGCAGAAAACAAGUUCCUCAAAUUUGAGGUAGAAACAAUGAACAACGAAUUAAACAUUGUUAAGAAUAAAAAUGUAUAUCUGAAAAAGAAGGCAGAUAGCUAUGAAGACAUAAUUGAUAGCUUGCAAAAAGAAAUCAUACACAUAUUGGAUAAACAAAAGGAGUGCGACGAGGAGUACUACAAAAUGGAAACUGAAUUGGAUAAAAAAAAUGAACAAAUUGAAGGAUUGGUGCAGAAGAGGAAAGAGGACCAACAACAAAUCGAAGUGGAGUAUUCGAAGAGCCUAAAAUUGGAGAAGGAAUUUCUCGCCUUCACAGAUGACCUAUUCAAGAAGGACUGCAAAUUGAAAGAGUUGGAUGAAAUUGUGAAGAAUUUAAACGAUGAUAUUAAGGCACACAUUGUAGAAAAAGAAGAGCUAAAAAAUGUUGUAGAAAAUUUGAAAACGAAAUAUGGCACAUUUCAAAAUAAGUAUAACGAUCUUUAUAACACCUUUGAGAAAGAGAAGCAGGGGAAAUACGAGAUGGAGAAAAAUCAAGAUAGUGCACUACUUACGAGACUAAAAAAUUAUGAUGACAUUAUCGCGGAACUUUUAAAGGAGAAGGAAAAUUUACUAAACAAGUAUGAAGAAUUAAAGAGAAUGCAUGAUGAGAAGCUCAAAGUAGAAUCCCUUCUGCACAAGGAAAUCAAUGAACUCAGAAAGGGUAAUGAAAAAUUGAAUGAACAGAAUAAUUCACUGAUCGAAAAUGUCAACCAGUUGGUUAAACAGAAUGAGCAGUACAACAUCAAGUUAGUAGAUCUAGACAAGGAAAAAUUUGAUCUCUACAUGAAAUAUCUUAAAGUGUCUGAGGAGUUGAAUAACCUGCCCGUGUCCCUUGUCCGUUCGAAUCAAAGCGCAGUGGGUAAGAAUUUCUCUCAUAGUAGGCAUUCCAACCAUCCCUUAUCUAGAGGGCACAGCCCGGGAGGUGAGUCGUAUGGAAAGGAGUCCAAAAAGAGUAUCUUUAACCAGUAUGAUCACACGAAGAGCCAGGACACGGAGCGCCAAGACACAGAGCGAUUAAGUCAGGUCGGGGAACACCUUCAAAAGGGAGUCAUUAUACAUAAUCGGAAGAAUGAAAUCAGUCACUUGGAAGACGAAAAUCGUGCCCUUAAGGAAAAGAUUAAUGAAUUGGAGCAACUCAACGAAAACAUAUUUAGCGACAAUAAGGUGUUAAUAAAAAUGAUUACUGAGGCAGAUAAACGGGGAAGUGACCUAAAAAUUGAAGACAUAAAGAGUUUGAGGAAUUACGAAAUUUUGAUGAAAGAAAACAAACUUGAAAAGGAAGAAAACGAACAUUUGAAAUUGGAGAUAUAUAAUUUGAAGAACAAAAUCGAUCAGUAUAGUAUCAUGCUUAAUAAAAGGAGCCAAUACGAGGAAACAAAUAAGAGAGCCAAAAAUUACCUGUACUACUUAAAUGACAAAAUCAAAGGGUUCAUAGAAAUUUUCAGCGAAAAGAACUUCAAUUAUGAAUACUUCAAAUCGGAACUGAAAAAAAUUAAGUCCACGAAUUUAAUGAUUAUUGAAGAAAAUUUCGAAAAUUUCAAGGAGGGUGGCUACUCCAGAAUAAGUACCCCAAGUCAGAACACCCUGGAGGAUGAUAACAAGAGUGUUAGCUCCAAAAUAAUUGUAAACUUUUUCACUGCCUACAAUGAUACGAGUAAUACACGAGAAGACGAUAUAAUCAUUAACAGAUUUGAACUGCAAAAAUUCUACAAGUGUAUUAUAAAAUUGAAGGAAGAUUACCACAAGAAAUGUCUCCUGGCUGAUAAUCAAAAGAAUCUUAUUGAGGAAUUAAGCAAGGAGAUCUUUAACUACUCCACACAGAAUAAGAAUCUCCAAAGUGAUGAACUUGAGUUGAAGAAAAAAGUGACGCAAGUGAUGAAUGAAAAUGCGGACAAUGUUGAAAAGUUUACCAGACUGAAUGGCAAUUUGAUUAGCAGACUUAACGAGGAAGUUUCUAAAAACGAAAAGUUGAUGUCUGAUCUGAAUACACAGAAUGAGAUAAAUAAACACCAUCAGGAGACUCAAAUGAGGAUAGAGAAGGUGCUAAAUUUGAAACAUUUCACCAGUGAUGAUUUGUCCAAACAGGAUGAAGACAGCACGGAAAGAAAUUUACAAAAAAUUCAUAUCUUACUUGACGAGUAUGAAGAACUGGUGAGGAACAAUUCCAAGUUACUAACAACCAGUGAUAAAGUGGCUGCUGAAAAUGACACCCUCAAAGAGGUCAUUACCAAAAUGGACAAAGAAAUUAAGGACUUGACGAUCCAGUUGAACGAAAAGAAACAAUACGAUCAGGAAAAGUUCAAACAUGAGCAACUCGCACGACGAAGCGCACACAUUUUGGGCGAUGAGCAGGGGAAACUUGAUAGAGAUACGCCUCAAAAUAAUAGAGAGCAAUACAACGGACACGUCAUAAAUGAAUAUGAGGCAAUUAUUCUCGCCAUUGAAAAAAAAAAUUCCGAGUUGGAGAACCAUUGUGAGAAUUAUCAAAAACGCAAUGACGAGCUCAGCGACAAGUACGACGCUUUGCUUAAGGAGUACAACGACUUGAAACAUUUUGUGAAAGAAAAGAAAAUUGAAUUCAAAUUAGCAGAGAACAGAAGCCAAAAUGAUGAACAGGACGGAGAAGUCUCCAAAAGUGUGGUCAGAGGCUCAGAAAAAAUGACCUCAAAGGAGAGACAAUCGCGCAGUGUUUUCCUCACAGUAGAUGAGUUGAUCGCCCUGAGCAAGCACGUAAAUGCUGUUGAGACGCUGAAUAGGGAUUUUCUGAAAAAUAAAGAACUCGAAGAGUUCAUAGUAUUAAUCAAAAAAGACAUUAACAACAUUUUGACAGAGGACUGCAGGAAGGGGGACGAGUGGGGUGCUCCGCAGAGGGGACUACCAACCGAACACCGCAGCGAAAUACGUGACAAUGACCGGGGCAACCUUCUUAACGGACUUCUCACCCGAUUGAGCGAAAAGGAAGAGGAAGUAAAUAAUUACAAAGACGCCAUGGACAGCCUAAAGAUGCGAUUGGAUGGCAAGGAGGAAAUAAUUAACAAUUUGAAGUAUGCUUACGAAAAUGAGCUGAAGCGAAAAACGGACUUAAACAAAAGGCUAGAGGAGACGGUUCAUGGAAGUGGCCCCACCAACCAGGCAGACAUACAAAACGAACAAAUGUUUUUGAAAUUCCAAAAUGGAUAUGAAGAACUGCUAAACGAGUAUAACGUCUCCCUUAAUACGCUGGACGAAACGAAGGCAAAACUAGAACUGCUAAAAAACGAAAAAGACAAAAUGGAAAAGUUAAAAGAAUUAGAAAUGAACGAUAAAGAAUUUAUUAUCAAAAAAUUGGAGCUAAUAAAUACCCAACUUCAGGAUAAGGCAGAUGAGGUAAAAAAAUCCCUAAGUCUGGAACUUGAAAAGAAGGAAAAUAUAAUCAAAGAUAAUGUAGACAUGCUGGACGAUUUGAAGAAUCAAAUUGAUUUUUUAAAAAAUGAAAAAAGCAAAAAUAGCAAGUAUACCGCAGAGCUAGAAUUACAGCUAGCCAAUUUGAACAACGAAAUGAACACACUGAAUAAUCUCCUAAAAGACUCUAAGGAAGAAAUCAAUGUGAUACAUAGCACCUUGGAAGAAAAAGAAAAUGAAGUUACAGACUUGAGGAACAAAUUAGAGAGUUACAUAAAGGAAGAAGAAGAGAAUACAAUGCAGUAUGAAGCUCCAGAAACGAGAAGCAAACGUAGUAGUAGCGUUUCAGAGAAGAGACGACAAAGCUUUCCAGGAAGCAAUGAACAAAUUUUGAAGAAAAACGAAAUUAUUAAUGAAUUAAAAAGAAAAAGCCAAAUACAAACUAAUCAGCAUUAUCAAAAAUUGAAUGAACUACGGAUCGAUCUGAAGAACUCCUUCGUAAGUUACAAUAAACUCAAAUUCGACAGUGAAAAAAAAAUUGAAGAUUACGAAGAAGAAGCAAACAAUUUAAAAUGCUACAUAAAAAAAAUCGAAGAGGAAAAUGAAAAAAAAGAUAAGAAAUAUGCUCUAAUCGAAAUUGCAAUAAAGGAAAUGGAUAAAGACUUAAUCAUCCUCAAAGCACAACUAGAAGAAAAAAAUCUCUACAUUAUAGAUCUUGAAAAGAACAUACAGCGCUAUGAGACGGAUAUGCAAUUCCUCAAUGAGGACGCGAAAGUAGUGCACCAUGUAAUUAUGACUUACGUCGAAUCGGAUGCAAGUGACAUUGAACACUUGACGAACGAACUUACCACCAAGACGAAGACGAACCAUUUCGUGUUCCUCAAAGAUGUCAUGGUGAGCCUUUAUGAAAAUUUUAUUAACGCACAGAUGAAGCGAAAAGAACAACGCAGGGGCAGUCACGAUGAUGACGAUGCUGUUUUGGAGAGGGAGAAGGAAAUUCUAAGAUUGCAAGAGGAAAUGAAUAAAAUUCUUUUCGAAAAAGACGGGCUAGAAAACGAAGUGAGGAUGGUUAAGCAGGAGCUGGACACGCUGCACGAGAAGAGAAGUGCCUCUGCAAAGGAGCUGAACGGACUUAUGAAUGAACUGGACAAACGGCAUGAUGAGUUGAGCCACACGAAACGUCGAAUGGAAGAGAUAGAGAGGCGGGAAAAAAAUCUACAUGAUAAGGAAAACGAGCAGAUUAGAAAUGGAGAAGAAAUGAUGAAGAGGGCUAACGAACUCUCCAAUAAAGAGAACGACGUGAUGAAGCAAACGAAUGAGCUGACGACCAGGGUGGAACAACUAAACAACGAGAAGAUACACAUGGAGGAACUGAAAAAUGAUCUAAUGAUGAAGUUUGAAAAGCUGUACAGCGCCCAGAACGACAUAAAAAUAAAGGAAACAAAAUUAAAAAAAAUAUACGAGAAAUUGAAAAAUCACAACAUUGUAGAAUUACUAGACAUUAACAACAAUGAAAGUUUUUUAAACACACCCUCGACAAACAAUUUGAGCAACUCCACGUCUCUAAGAAGAAUAAUUGAGAUGGACAAUGUGGACAAUGAAAAUGGAAGCCUAAAUUUGGACUCACUCGAGUAUACGACCUACUUUAAGGAAUUUAAAAAAAAAAUAAAACAUUUGAAAAACGAUUUAAUGAAUAGGGAGAAAGACAUGGAGAUAUACAAAAAAACUCUCGAAAUUGAGAAAAAAGAAAAAGAAAUUUACAAAAUUGAGUUAGAAAAAUUAAAGGAACUUGUGGCGGUAGAACAAAUGAAUAGAAGAAAUCUGGACGAGGAGUUGGAGAAAUAUAAAAAUGAUGACUCGAAUUUUUUGAAAUCUCUAAAAGAAUCGGAGGAACAACUCAAUGAAAAAAAUAACACAAUUUUAGAACUGCAACAGAAGCUGAUGGAAACCUCGUACGAAAUGAGCCUGAUGGAUAAUAAGAGAAAUAUUUUACAAGAAAAAAAUAACGAAAAUGAAAAGAAAAUCGAGCAACUUAAUGGUAUCAUCUCCAACUACGAAAAAGAAAUUAACCAACUGAAUAAGGAAAAGCUAAAUAUUACAAGAAAGUCGAUUGAUAAAAUUAUAGAUGACGGGGAAGACAUCAAAAAGCUUAAGGACAAUUUGGAGGAUGCCCAUGAGGUAAUGCUGAAAUUGAAGGAGAAAAAUGAACAUCUGCACAGUGUGAACAGUGAGCUCCAAGAGGCAAAUAGAGACAUGAGAGCAGACAUUGAUAUAUUGCUCUCUAACAUAGAGGACAUGAACGAGGAAAAGAAGGUUAGCGAGGAGAAGCUAAGACAAGGUGAAGACAGGUACGCUGAGCUUAAACGGGCGUACGAGGUAAAGGUACAGGAGGGUGAACAGAUGUACUGCCUGUUGUCCUCCAAAGCGAAAAGGAAGUUGCACUUUGGAGGGCAAGUGUUGGAUUAUGAGGAGGGGAACGAAAGGGAAAGUGAAGUAAGAGGAGAAAUGAAUGGUAAAUUGGGUCCCCAACAACGCCGCUCAUUAGACCAGUCCCUAGAUCAAUCAAGGAACCGGGUGGAUGCCCACGACUUGGAAGAGAAACACCUUCAUGCAUUGAACGAAAAGAACGCAGUUAUCGAGUCGUUGAAGGAUAAACUGGCUCAGUACACCGUGGAAAACAGCAAAAAGGAAGAAGUUAUAAAAGAGUACAAAUCGCUUAUAGAUGAAAUUUCAAGCAAAGUGCACAUAUUUGAAGACAACCUGCACUUCCUUAUCAAACUGAAUGAGUUUGUAAAUGACAACCAUGUCUCAUACGAGCAGGUCCUCAUCAUUUUAGAAGAAUCAAUUUUGUACAGAAAAAUAUUGAAUAAAGUAUUUUUGGAAAAUCAAUUCUUUAGGCAAAUUUCUCAAAUUAAAGAAUACCUUUUUGAUAUAAUAAAAAAGAACGCAUCUAACAAUAGGGGAACAUUAAAAUUGAGUGUUUUGGAGAGGAAAAACUCGAAGAAGGACAGCGGUUUGAGCAAUUCCAACAGUGCUUUGUACAUGAGCGAGAAUAUUCAUUCCCUCCAACAUGAGAAUGAUUCAUUGGUGGAUAACGUGGAGUACAUCCUGAGAGCAAUCGAUAGUGACUUUACCAAUUUCGAAAAUGUGUGUGACGAUAUUUGCCAUUUACUCAAAAAGGAAGAGUGGCACACUUUGAGUAAAAAGAUAAACGUCCUCGAUUUCAGCUUUAACAAUGUCGUUAACAACAUCACAAAUGAAAUUAAAAAGGUGUGUAAAAAGUGCAACGAGAAAGCAGAAUUGAGAAAGAGCCUUAAAGUGAUGAAAAAGAAAUUUAAUUCCUUGUCUAACGAUUUUCUAAAAAGCGUCAAAGAGAUGGAUAAUAUAAACAUUCUCCUGUCAAAAGAGUCUGAAAAAAACGAAUUGCUCCAGACACAAAACGACGAACUGAAGCAACUGUAUGAAAAGUUAAAUGGAGAUUACAAUGACAAAUUAGCAUUUAUCGAGGAACAGGAAUACGAGGUGAAGAACUUGAGAGAGCAGUUAAUGGAAAAGAAUGAACACAGUACAAAGGCUAAACAAAUGAACGAAUUCCUCAAAACGGACUUGAGUUACCUAAAUACGUCCCUUGAUCAGGCUGCCCAAAACUUAAACGAACUGAACAAUGAAAAUGUGAGAAACAAAAGGAGGGUAAUAGAAUUGACGGAGGAAAAUACCUACUUGAAAAACCAAAUGGAAGAUAAAUCCCAAGUUAUAGAACACUUGGAAAGCGAUCUCGAAUCGAAAAAUCAAGUCAUCAAUGAGUUGAAGGAGUUUAACGAAAUGCUCAUUAAAAAGGUUGAGGGGGGCGACGAAGACCGCCCCGAUGAUGCACGAAAUAAGGACAGCCACCAGGGCACUUCCAGCAGCACAAAAAUCACUAGCAGAAAUGGCAGGAAAAAGGAUGCACAUGCGAGCGAUUCGUGCGAGGAAAUAAAUAAAAAGGAGCUGCUCAUCAUCAUCAGGAAAUUAGAAAAUGAUAAUAACAUAUUGAACGAAGAGAUAGAAAUUUUUAAAAACAAUUUUAACGCAUUGAAGGAUAAAAAGGAACAGUUGGAGGAUAUCAUUAAUAGCAACGACUUGGCCCUGAACAGAAGAGAAAUAGAACUAAACGAUGCCAUUAUCGAAAAGGAAAAAAUGUUGGAGGAAACCGGCAGAUACAAAACAAAGUGCAUACAAAUGAUAGACAUAUGCUUUAACAAAGAUUUCAAUAUAGUAGACAUAAGGGAGAAAAUUGUGGCCAUCUUCGAAAAUGAGGAUGAAGAGAUCGAAGAAAUUAUCAAUUGCCAUAAGAGACUUCUCUAUCACAAUGACAGUACCCAUCACGGUGGGAAGCAAGUAGGUAAUACAAACAAAAGAAGCAGCACCAAAAGUGGGGACAAAACGGCAGAGCUUCUAGACGAAGACGGAAUAACAAUAAUCGAACAAGAAAAAAUCCUACACAUGGAAGAAAUGAGCAAAAAGAAUGAAGAGUUAAUUAAAAAAAAUGAAGAAAUUUGGAAAAUGAACAAAUAUAUUGAAGAUUUAAACAAGGAAAUUACCAACAAGGAUUAUAUCAUCAUUAAGCACCAGCAAGAUGUAGAGGAUAAAAAUGACAUGCUGGAACAGAACCAACGAUAUAUUCAAUUUUUGAAAGACCAAAUAAAAUUGCUAUGCAAUAACAUUGAUGAAAAUAACUUGUUCGAUAUUAAUAAUGUGAAUUUAUCGCCCACGCUUAGAAGCUUUAUAAAAAGGAAGAGCUGCAACGCGCGCUUCUCCUUCGUUGAGGGUUCGGAAAAAAAGGGAGAGAGCUUCCGCGAAGUGGGAAACAACAGUCGCUUCAUUGAGGACGAAGAGGCCUUCAAACAAAGCGACCACUUCGACUUAAGCAGGAAGAAGCGUCUGUCCGAAUUGAACUCUCAGGAGAUGUACAACUUUUACGAUGAAAACGAAGUCAAGCUGGAGGAAAUGAAUUUAAAAAUGGAUGCACUGAAUGACAAACUGAAAGUUGCGGAGGACCAAGUGGAACUGCUAAAGGGGGAAAACAACGAAUUGGUGGAGAAGUGUGAAUUUUUAAAAAAGGAACUCAAGUACACACAAGGCACAAAACGUAAUUUAAUGCUCUGCGAAAGUAGACUCAACAUAUUGGAAAAGGAAUUGGAGGAGAAACAAAAAAAACUGGAUGCACAAAAUAAGACCGUAAAUGAAUGUGUCGAUAUGUACGUGGAAGAAAAUUCUGAAAACUUCAACAAAAUUUUACAACUCAAAAAGGAAAACGAAAAGUAUAAAAUCGAAAUAAAUAUUCUCAAUGAAGAAAUAACCAAACUGAAAAGCCAAGUGGCUACCUACAGAAAUGACAUCAAAAAUAUUAGCUCCACUUUAGAUUUUUACAAAUCCACACACGACGAAUUAGUAAAUGAAUUCAGCAAGGAAGAAACCACAAAUGUGUACUACAAGAAAUUGUGUGAACUCUUGAAAAAGGAAAAUGAACAUGUGAAGGAAAAUUUACAAACGGAGGAAGAAAAUAAAGAACAACUCAUAACAAGCAUGAAUGAAAUACGGGAACAGUUAAGCAACUGCAUGAAGGAGAAUUACGAAAUCACGCUUGACUUGGAAUUUUUACAAAUGCAAAAUGGAAUACUAAAGGAUAGCUGCAGGUAUUACAAAGAGAGGGAAGACCUUUUCAUAAGUAACUUAAAUGACAAGGAUACCAAUUUCAACAUGUUGGAAAAUUUUAAAGAAGAAAAUUUAAAAGAAUUUAUCGAAAAGCUCAAAGACGAAAUACAUAACUUGAAGGACGACAUUUCGGAAAAAACGAAAACCAUUGUUUCGUUAAAGUAUCAAAUAAAGGAAUACCAUUUUGAAAGUAUUUCAAAAAAAGGAGCUCAAAUUGAACUUAAAAAUAAUGUCCAAGAAAUUGUCAAUUUGAAUAAUAUGGCUUACGUCCAAAGUAGCUUAUUUAUUUAUAUUAAUUUAUUCAAAAGUGUUCUUUUUAUUAUAAGUGAAAUUUUGUUUUUUGCCGAUCCCACAAAUAGCCUCUAUGUGGAAAUUUUAACUCUUUUAAAGUUAAGGGCGGGGAACCAAGACGCAAAUGUAGAGUUGGAUAGCAUGAUUGGACAUUUUAACCUUUCCAAAAUGGACUGUGAAAAUAUUUUUCAGUCCGUCCUUAAGUCGAAAAGCAUCCUCAGGGAAAAACUUCAGCUUCUCCAGUUAAAAAUUUGUUAA